AAUGGAGAGGCUGAGGCUGAGACUGAGCAACAAAUGGAUGGCGGCGGUGGCAAGUAUGUGGAUCCAGUGUAGCAGCGGCGCGUACACCUUUGGCAUCUACUCUUCAAUCUUGAAAUCUAGUCAAGGCUAUGACCAAUCAACGCUCGAAACUGUGGCUGUUUCCAGAGACAUAGGCUCAAGCGCUGGGAUCCUUGCUGGGGUUCUAUACACCGCCGUCACGCACAGUAAUAGUAACUCUGGUUUAUGUGGGCCAUGGUUGGUCCACCUGGUCGGAGCAAUACAGAGUUUCUUGGGGUAUUUUCUAACGUGGGCUUCUGUUGUUGGAUUGAUCCAACGGCCUCCGGUGCCUUUGAUGUGUUUCUACAUGAUAUUGGCAAGUCAUUCCACGCCGUUCUUUAACACAGCCAAUAUAGUUUCUGGUGUGCAAAACUUCCCUGAUUAUAGUGGGACCAUUGUGGGCAUCAUGAAGGGAUGUACUGCAAUUAGUGGAGCAAUAAUAAUUCAAGCAUAUGACACAUUCUACAAGGGCGAGCCAAGCAAAUUCCUUCUAAUGCUCGCUCUGUGGCCGACGUUUGUCUCUCUUGUGCUUAUGCUUUUGGUGAGAAUUUAUAAAGCCAACGCAAGUGAUGAUAAGAAGCACUUGAAUGGUUUCUCUGCACUGACUCUAAUCAUUGCCGGUUAUCUCAUGAUCAUGGUAAUUUUAGAGAAAAAUUUCAGUUUACCUUUGUGGGCACGCAUAUUCAGCUUUAUACUUCUUUUGCUUCUACUCGCAUCACCUCUUGGAGUUGCAAUCAAAGCCCAAAAGGAGGACUCCAAGAGAUUUCUAGAAACGCCUUCCUUUGAGAGUAAUAUUUCAAUGGAGAACCUCGAGUCAAGGUAUUCCUCGUCUAAAUCAUUUGUAGCAAAGGAUGUAGCAUAUCAUGAAGUACCUAGAGGUGAGGAUCAAGUUAAUGACAAAAUUAUGUUUGAUGAAGAGGGUAUGAAUCUUUUGCAAGCCAUGUGCACUGUAAACUUCUGGUUGUUGUUUAUUGCAAUGGUAUGUGGAAUGGGCUCUACGCAGGCUGUGCUUAACAACUUGAGCCAAAUAGGGCAGUCUCUCAAUUAUACAACUGUGGAGGUGAAUAAUUUCUUCUCUUUAUGGAGCAUAUGGAAUUGCCUUAGCCGUGUUGGAGUUGGGUAUUUAUCAGAUUAUUUACUACACACAAGAGGCUUGGCAAGACCAUUGUUGAUGACUGUUACUCUAGCAAUGAUAGUUGUUGGCCACAUUGUUAUUGCUUCUGGAUUUCCUGGAGCAUUAUAUGUGGGUUCGAUCAUAAUGGGCAUUUGUGAUGGUUCACAGUGGUCAUUAAUGCCCACAAUCACUUCAGAUUUAUUUGGUGUUAAGCAUUUGGGUACCAUUUUCAACACUAUAGGAAUAGCAAGUCCUAUAGGAUCAUAUAUUUUCUCUGUCAGAGUUAUUGGCUAUAUUUACGAUAAGGAAGCAAAUGGUGAAGAUCACUCCUGCGUUGGUGCUCGCUGCUUUCUGUUAUCUCUUUUUAUCAUGGCAUCCUUGGCUUUCUUGGGAUUUCUUUUUGUCAUUGCAUUGUUCCAACGUACUAAGAGGUUCUAUAUGCUCAGAAAAUCAAAGCAUUCUUUAAAACGAUGAGAUGUAUAUAUGCAAACUUUGUGUACAAGGUCAUGACCUCCCAAUUAAUUGAUGUAAAUUGAUAGCAUAAAGGUAAUGAGCUACUCUCCGACAUCACUAUAUUUUCUUUUCUAAUGA